UGCAGGCGCAGACGCGAGUGGUCUGGUGAACGAACGGGUACUUCGCUCAGCAAUCAAUGGCAUAGCAGAGUUGCUCGAGGCACCGUCCCCGGUCACAAUUGGUGCGAUACCCGUAGAAGCCACCCUUCCUCUCCUGCGCUAUCCGCGAAGAUCGGAUCCCCCGAAAUAAGAUCGCGUGCGAAAUAAACUGGUGAUCGAUCACGCGUUCCUGACGAUGACAGAUCGUGCCGUUGAUUAAUUAUCGCGAGCCUUCGCGAUAAUCAGGUAAUCGUUGGAUUAUCAUCGAACGAGAGGUCGGAUCACCGGGUGGACCAUGAACCAUGGAUACGUCGCAGGUCGAAAACGACGUGACUUCGGAGGAGAGACGUAAGGAAGGAUGCGAGCAACAGCAGGGUUGCACCGUCGCCGAUGGACGCAACGAUUCUGCGUCCAGUUGUCGCACCCUGGAGACCACCGGAAGUGCCGUAGGAAGCGGCGGGGGAGGUGGUAGUGGCGGCGAUAGCGGGACCGGAAGUGUGCAAGCACAAUCGACAGCUCAAACUCGGUCGUCGAUUCACGUAACCCCGACUCCGACCCCGGUUGUUCAACGACCGAGUUCGAUUUCAGCAUGUUUCGCCUCCUGCUGCGCCGAGAGCGCGAAAAAGAUAUAUUUCGGGGUGUGCGUGACGAUAUGCGUGACGGCGAGUUGGGUGGGGGCGACUCAUUGCAUCAAGUAUUUGUACUUUCACAAGUCCGAGGAAAUCCCGGAGACGUCCGUAAAAACGGAGACGAUCGCAAAUUCCACCGCGGACGACCUUCAUCAUCAGCAUAUCACCCUUCCAUACGACGCACCCUUCUUCACGACGUGGUUCUGCACCAAUUGGGAAGUCCUGUAUUUCCCGGUGUAUUUCAUCUGUCGGGCUACCAGAACUAAGUGCGCUACCCCUUCCGAAAUAAUCGUCGAGAGCCUUCGCGGCUUUCGCGAUAAGGGCUUCACCGGCGGUCGCUUCUUGCUCAAGUGCAGCCUCUUCUGUUGCCUGUGGGUCAUCACGAAUUACUUGUAUAUACUCUCGUUGCGAAUACUGUUAGCCACGGACGUAAUGGCAUUAUUCGCGACCAACGUUUCGUGCGUCUAUCUACUCUCAUGGGUCAUUCUUCACGAGCAAUUUGUGGGUGUGAGGAUAGUCGCGGUGAUCCUGUGCAAUACCGGCAUCGCGCUCUUAGCUUACAUGGACGGCAUAACCGGAAGUCCGACUCUCGGAGGUGUCGUUUUAGCUACAGCAGCGGCAGCUGGCUCUGCCGUUUACAAAGUUCUCUUUAAGAAAGUAAUAGGAGAAACUACGUUCGGCCAAAUGUCUCUAUUUUUCUCUCUUAUCGGUUUAUGCAACGCCGCCUUGUUAUGGCCGAUUUGUCUGGCUCUAUAUUUUUCCGGGGCGGAAACCAUGCACUGGACAAGACUACCGUGGGCAGCGUUACUUUCCGCUAGCAUCCUUCAUUUAGUUGCGAAUAUGCUCGGCAAUUUCAGCAUCGCCCUCACUUACGACUUGUUCAUUACUCUUGGAUUAAUCACAGCUGUACCUGUGUCCGCUGCACUGGACGUUAUUUUCUACGGGGCGUACUUUAUGGGCAUGAAAUUGGCAGGCAUGAUCUUCAUAGCGGUCGGUUUCUUCCUCGUCAUGUUUCCGGAUAAUUGGCCCGAUUACAUAACGAGACUCCUCCGUACCACGGGGGGCGGCCAACGGCCCAGCGGCAGGACUUUCCUUAGGGGUCCCGCGGCGUCUCUUCAGCAACGUCAGCAACGUCUGAGGAGCUACGGCGUAAUCGCCGCUCAUGGGGACGGCCAGACGCUGCUACCAAUGAAUAACAACAACAACAACAGCAACAACAACACUGACAGCAGUCAGGCCGCUCAUCGUCACGUUAACAACUCCCAACAGUACAGCUCCGAAAUCCAAUUACGCCGAGUCCCUCCUUCCACCUCGACCUCCACCACCACCAUCGUCAGCAACAGCUACUCUCACGAUCCUCGUAAUCAGCAGCAAGGUGGAGCAGGAGACACAGACAUGGCUUGUCAGAUGGAUCGUCGCGCGACGUGAUCGAUUAUCGAACCGGUUAUAUAAAAUCGCAUCUACGCUCGCCAUCAGGUAGAGUUCGGUGACUAAACUCAGCGAAAAUGGAAGCAAUAAUUAUAGGAUUAUGGCAGCGAUAUGUAGAUUCCUUUGGCAGCGGCUCAAUAGCCAAAGUUAUCGUUCAACUUUAAACAAAUAUUCGACCAGCAAAUAAAUUUACUAGUACCUUCUGAGUCUCUUUAGGGUCUCCUUAAUGCUCCGAUGCAUCAACAUCAGUCAUUUUCGACGGUAAUUAACUCCUCAGCUCUCUUUAAUUUUAGCUCUAAAAAGCGAGAAAUAAUCAAAUCAAUUAAACUAGGAUUAAGUGGGAAACAAAUGUCGAUAGAAAAUCUAUUGUAAGACAAGUACUUUCUAAUAAAAUUCUUCUAGGUUUAUCCCGUAAAAAACGAAAGACAGAAUUCAAUCAAUUACGAUAAUAAAAAAUAGAACAAAAUUGAGAAUACCAGUUUUGCCAAAAAUAGAAAUGACUUAUAACUGCUAAUCGCUAUCGAGAUGGGUUCAAUUUUCCACGCGAUAGGAUUGUCAAGAACAAACCGUCAGAGAACUCGAGAUUUAUCGACUUCAGUUCAUUAAAAAAAUCAUAAAGAACAUAGAGAAGUGUAAUACUUUGAAUAAAAUUUUUUUUUGACAAUUUCACGCUAUAGACGUAUUUUGGUGAAAAUUAGAAACAGAUACGUAAAGACAAUCAGAAUUAGUGUAUUAUCUCCGAUAAAUAUCAUUUUUCCGUCUGUAAAAAACAUUGUUGAUCCGAAUAAGGGUAUCGUGCGUAGCAAAAGUAUUCAUAUUGAGAAUUAACGCGUACGUUUUAUUAUAAAACGCACUUACAAUGGCUCAGAAUAAAAUCUUAAAUUACGGAGUUAGCGUAAUAUAUUACAGGGUUGAUAUAGUUUUAUCUCUAUAAU